UUUAGUUGAUAGUUUUAAAGUUUAAACAAAGCAAGCUGGUUGAAUUAUUUCAGUUUGGAGAAAAUUAAAUUAAAGAUGAUUAAAUUCCUUGGUAUAUUGUUAGUUGUUGGAAGUGUUUUGGAAGAUUGGGAAACUGAUGCCAGAAUGACAGUGAAGUUUCAUCACAGAUACUACGAACAAUUUAAAGAAUUAGAUUGUAAUGGAACGUUUGAUGAAAAUGAGUUUUUGAGAUUAGAACUAACUUGUUCUGAUUGCGGACUAUGGUUGAAGGAUUAUCGAUCUACUGAUGACUGUCGAAAAAAUUGUUAUACAACACAUCACAUAAAAGAAUGCUUCAACACCUUCGAUCUUCCCGAGUCAUCUUUACCAAGCUACCGGCGCAUUAUUGAAUCUCUGUCCGGUCGCCAACUCGACUUCUAGUUCCAAAAAUCAAAUGAAUUAUUAAUCAAUUGAAAAUAAAGCAAAAUAUUCCCUAUCUUAUUCCAUUUCUAUUAGUAGUUACGCAAAGCCUUCUAAAACCUACAACCGGGUAAUGUAAAUUAAAAUGAAUAAUCAAUUAGUUCAUCGGUC